AUGUCCUCAACCGAAGAACACAUUAAAGCCCAGCUCCUAAACACCAAAGCACUCCCGGUAUCCACAGCAUGGAUCUCCAAUUUCUUAGCAUCCAUUUCCCAGAAUCAACAAAGAGCUCCAGCCUCGGCACUAGCCCAGACAGCUCUUUUCCGCAUUCUAACAACUGAUUUCACCAAGACAUUAUCAACCUCCACACCAUCUACCAUGCUUCCUAGAGACAUUUCCGACCCAUCUAUCAAAGAGCGACGCCUAUCUGGUUCGGUACCCGUUCAGGUCCUUGAUAUUGAAGAUAUUGGCUCAAGUAUGUGGUCUCAGGUAGAGAAGAUAGAGCAGGUCGAGCGAGGAGAGACUAUUCGCGGGCGAGAGAUUGUGAGGAAUGUGAAUGUGGAUGAUGCCGAUAACGCCAACGAGGGAACUGCGAACAACGCGUCAAGAUCGACGGGAAAUACGACGUCGAAUGGACCGCAUCGGCUCAUCUUACAAGAUGCGGCUGGCACGAAGGUUGUUGCGGUAGAGUAUAAGGAUAUCAACGGUAUCUCUAUCGAGAAGCUUUCUAUUGGCGCGAAGCUUGUUCUGAAGGACAUCAUUGUGGCAAGAGGAAUGGCCCUACUCACGCCAGAAACCGUCGUCCUACUAGGAGGGAAGAUUGAAGCCUGGGAUACGACAUGGCGACAAAAGAGAAAAGAAGUCUUAUUGGCGAAAAUCGAAGCUUUAUAUGCAGAACAAAACGGAACCGCUGCUAAUGGGGAUGCGCUGGAAGAGCAAAUUUAG